AUGAUCCUAAACACAAAACAAAGACUCUUUCAAAGGCUUCUCUUUUUUACACCCUUUAUCUUGCCCUGAUAUUGACGGAUUUCACCUUUCCAGAUUCAGCCUCUUUCUCUUUUGAAUAUUGAGAAUCUGAUGUGAAGAGACUUCUGAAAGUUGACAAGACUAACCCCUCAUACAGAUCAACUUCCAGUCGCAGAGAUGGAACCCUCACGUCCUCUAGACGGGAGCCAGGAACAACCCAAUCCUGAAAUCGAACAUCCUGUGGAAAGUAGUCCCCCUGAGCCAGUGGACCGCACUCAAACAGCCGGAGUCAAGAGACCUAGAGAGCAUGAGGAGGACGAGGAGGUCGAAGAAGUCCCCCGGCCUCGUGCUCCUAAUACCCCGGCUGUCGGAGCUCAGCAGGGGGAUCCAACUAGAGAGGAGGUACGUACUCACUGCAGUCUGGUGCAUCUAGGCAUCCUGCACGACCCCGGCCGACUCGGUUCACCAAGAUAGUGACAAUGCCUAAUGGCACAAACUUCCUUAUGUAUACCCCUGACAUUUUGUAUUUCAUCCGUCCCCAACCCGAACAUGCUAUAUCGGCUGUCCCUAGGCACAAGGCAGAUUGCUUGAUAUUUGGCAACGUCGUGAAUCACUACGAUGUUCUGCCUGUUCAGAUCUCAUCCCUGGUCGAAGGAUGGCGGGUGGAAGCCUGGAUGCGUCUGGACGGCCGUAUCACGGCAGAGGAUAUCAUUGACCGCGUUAUUCCGAAAUACAGAUCGC